GGCAAGAAGCAACAUACCCUGUUUUUACUUAAUCUCUGUGUAAACCACCCUAUGUUGUGUAUCAAAAUAUUAAGUGAGCUCGGGAAGAUUGAUUGGGCAUGAAAACGGAAAACGUUAAAAUAACAAAACGAGUGUUUUCCUUUUAGAAAACUUCUCGCCGACAAACUAAACUCGAGUUUUGUUUAUUUUCCCUUUCGUGUUUAUACAAUCACGAUGCAUACCAUAUUCACCGAACACCAGACGGCUUACAAUCGAUACGGCAGCGGUUACGGUACCGCAUCAGCGGCAAUCGCCGCCUCCAAUCCGUACGCGUACGAACAAUAUUCUCGGUACGGUUAUCCGUCUCCGUGGCACCAUCAACAACAUCCCCUCAGCACCGCCAAGGAUAUGGUGAAACCCCCUUACAGCUACAUCGCCCUCAUCGCCAUGGCCAUACAGAACGCCCAAGAUAAAAAGAUAACCUUGAACGGCAUUUACCAAUUUAUAAUGGAACGGUUCCCUUAUUACAGGGAAAACAAACAGGGCUGGCAGAAUUCGAUAAGGCACAAUUUGAGUUUGAACGAGUGUUUCGUCAAAGUGCCCAGGGACGAUAAGAAACCGGGCAAAGGUAGUUAUUGGACUCUGGAUCCGGAUUCUUACAAUAUGUUCGAUAACGGUUCGUAUUUGAGACGACGCCGACGGUUCAAGAAGAAAGACGCUCUGCGCGAAAAAGAAGAACAGAUUAAACGACAACAGAUGCAACCGGAUUCUCCGGUCGAUAAACGGGAAGACAACAAACCUUUGGAUGAUAUUAAAUCGGGUAAAUUGGAAUGUAAACCUAAAAGGGAACCGAAUACGGAGUUGGGGCAUUGUAUGAAUAGCAAAUACGGCGAUCCUAAAUCUGUGAUAGUUCAUCAAGAUCAUAUUAUGAACGAUGUUGCGGUUAGUCUGCAGGGUAUGGACGGCGCGGCGGCUUUUAGUGUUGACAGUUUGAUGACGAGUAGAGAUCAAGGGAUUAGUUAUACGAAUCCGGCGAGGUUACAUUCUUCGGGAGGGGUGUAUUCUUAUUGUCCGAGCGCUACCUCUCAACACCAAUAUGGUAUAGCCGACGAAGCUACCCCUCGUUACAGCCCUUGGUACAGUCCGGAAACUUCACCGGAAUCGGCGACGAGUUAUCGUGACAUCAUUUUCGAUAAUGGCGGCGCACCUUCGUGUCAAUUAGCCGGUUUUCGCCAUCCGGGCGUUACACCGAGUCCACCGAAUUACCGCACCACCGGUUAUUACCCAACGGCGGAUUGUGUGGUACAGAAAUACUGAAAAAACACGGUAUCCAUCGAUGUAAAUAUGUAAAUAUUUGAGACUGAUUUAUUGUUGAAAUAAGUACGAAACUUAUUUCACUAUUUUUGUGUGCAAUUAAACUAAUUCGCAAUAUAACUUCGUUCGCGGUAGAUAAUUUUGACACAUUCCGUAUGUAUUUUGAAUAUUUUCUCAACGUGUCUAAUACGCAUGCUUUCAUAAUUAACUAUCGGUAGGUUUAUUCUCCAUAAGUUUUGAUUAUAAAGUCAAAUACCACGUUUUUUAAAUAUAAAUACUUUUUAGAGGUUAUUUCGUGGUAAAUAUCACCAAAAGGAUGAAUGUACAUGCGCCGUGGAUACCUUGAACGUAUUCAGAACUCGUUCGGAAUUAGAAAACAUGAUUUAUUACCACCGCGAACGCAUAAUUUCAAACUGGGCAUGAUUCUGGUGAUAGAACUUGUUCAGGAUAUCUACCGCGAAUAAAGUUAAGAGUUGACGACUUAUGUAGGGUCGUUUUUAAAAAAAAAAACACAUGGAAACUUCAAUAUCUAAUAUUUAAAUUCAUUAAAAUCUUCUUCACACUGUAAUAGUAAUAAAAAUAACUCACUUAUGAAGUCCAGGCAAUUAACACUGAAGUGGACGUUAAAUCAACACGUAUACCACGCCUGUUGUAACGUACUCUUUUGGAAUCCUGAAAUGGACGUUAACAGAGGUUGACACGAACAAUGAUGUCGAAGAAUAACAACCACCACCCGAAGUUAUCCUCUAUUAGAACAAGAUUAUCUCGAAAAGAAGCUUGAUCGACCUUUUUAACUUGCACUUUCGAUAGGUAAUGAAACUACGUGUAAUUCUCCAUAGGAAAUUAGAAACCUCAACUCUACACCGGAUUAUAUCAAAGGCGGAUAAGGAUUAUUCAACCCUCAACCUCGCAUCACCAGAAUAUGACAUCGCCAUGACCUCAACCAGCUGCAUGUUGACAAAGAAGCUCCAAACUAGAGGCAAUCUCUGUCCAGAGACCGAAGGUUCGUGCUGGCCAUCCAGGAUCAAGUUAUUAACACUACAAGAAAAUUUGACAGAUGCAGAAAGUGCCAACAAACAUCGGAAACCAUUCAAUAUAUAACAUCUGGUUGUAACCAAGUGGUAAACUAGAUUCCACUACGAUAGGUCCUUAAGCACCGAUAGACAGUUGACGAAUAACAGAUCUGACAUCGUGGUGGUUGAUUUAGUCCUUCGGAUCUCGCAAUUGAUGUGGCAUAGUCCCAGUUAUUAUAUUAGCAACGUCCAGAAGGUUUAUCACGCAGUGUGCAAGAACAUCUCCAAGAACAAUCGUAGAAAGAAAAAAAUGU